AUGUCUCGCGAGCGGCCCCCCCGCACGGACAUCCCCCGCAACCUGAGCUUCAUCGCCUCGCUGACGGAGCGAGCCUACUACCGCAGCCAGCGGCCCAGCCUGGAGGAGGAGCCGGAGGAGGAGCCAGGAGAGGGCGGGACGCGCCUCGGGGCCCGAUCCCGCGCUCAAGCUUCGAGUCGGGGUCGCCGGGCUCGCUCUGCACCCGCCGGAGGCGGCGGGGCCCGGGCGUCCCGGAGCCGCAGCCCCGACACCCGCAAGAGAGUGCGUUUCGCCGACGCGUUGGGGCUCGAGCUGGCCGCCGUGCGCCGCUUCCGCCCGGGAGAGCUGCCCCGGGUGCCCCGCCACGUGCAGGUCCAGCUGCAGAGGGACGCCCUCCGCCACUUCGCGCCGUGCCAGCCCCGCGCCCGCGGCCCGCAGGAGGCGCGCGCCGCCCUGGAGCCCGCCCGCGAACCCGGCUUCGCCGCCCGUUUGCAGGCGCAGCGCAUCUGCCUGGAGCGCGCCGAGGCGGGCCCGCUGGGCGUGGCGGGGAGCGUGCGGGUGCUGGACCUGGCCUACGAGAAGCGCGUGAGCGUGCGCUGGAGCGCCGACGGCUGGCGGAGCCACCGCGAGGCGCCCGCCGCCUACGCCGGCCCGGCCCCGCCCCCGCCGCGCGCCGACCGCUUCGCGUUCCGCCUGCCCGCGCCUCCCGUCGGGGGCGCCCUGCUCUUCGCGCUGCGCUACCGCGUGACGGGCCACGAGUUCUGGGACAACAACGGCGGUCGGGACUAUGCUCUACGCGGGCCCGAGCACCCCGGCAGCGGCGGAACCCCGGAGCCGCAGGGAUGGAUCCACUUUAUUUGAGACGCCUGCGGCCGACUGCGAAGGCACCGGGGGCCGGGGGAGCCCGAGGAUGUGGCGGGGAGGAGCGGGAGAAGACGAGUUGGGCGGGGAGUUGUCCUAGAGAGUCGAGUGGGGAAGAAAUCGAAGGGGUGCGGAAGUGGGAAGAAUCGAAGUCGGGGAGACAGAGUGGAAAACACCAGUUGGAUGUGAGUAAAAAGGAACCCAAGGCAUUCAGGAAAGGAGACCGGAAAGGGUGCUGAAAGCAGUAGGAAAAAGCAAAAGAAAAGCGAUGGUGAUAACGUUCUCUUCCGUGCGUGGGCGCCGGGAGAGCUUGUCGGGCCCACGCAGUCAGAGGUUAAGGUACCUCUCGGAUUGAGGACGUGUUUUGUAUGAAGUCAUCCGGCUCAUUCCCUUCCCCCCCCCCCCCAAGUUUGACACCUCGGGUCCCCCAGUCCUGCCCAUCCUAGCUUUAAUUCAGCCAUAAUUGCCUUGUUGAAGUUCCAGGAACUUGGCCAUCGCUCCCUAGACCCUGGCAUCAUGCUGGGGUUCCCUUGUCACCCCUGAUUGUCCCUGGCUGCAGUCUCAGAAUUGGCUGGAGAGUGAUGGCAGGUAGCAGUCAGAGCCCCUUCCUCCAGCCUCCUGACAGCCCUGGGGGUUAAGAUGAAGACAAAACCAACUCAGGGCCUGUCCUUGCAGCCAAAUAAUGCAGCGCCUAAAGGGCUGAUACACUCAGGGGCUUCCCGGAAAAUGCCCCUUUCUGGGGUGCUUUCUAAUGACCUAUAAGCACUUUAUGGACUGUAUUUGUCAAGGGACAGUGAAUCCCAAGAACCACUAAUCUGCUUCUUCAGAAGACAAGGAAGUCACUGACUAGCUAUAUAACUUUGGACACGUUCCUUCACCUCUCUGCGGCCCAGUUUCCUCCUUGGGAAAUUGGAUUUGGAUUAGAUGAUCUCUUACGGACCCUGGUUUUGACAUUUUAUGAUCUGUGAGUGGCACAGUAUAGAUGAGAAGCCACAUGCUCCAACCUACAGUUGGAGAGCUACAGUUCAGAACACGCAGAGCCCCUAGCAUCUGAUUGGGGCUGAGGAUUGGUCUUCCACAGCCCAGGAAGCAUCCCCAAACCAGCCUGCAACCUCAGUGUUCAGCCUCUCAAACCACAGCCCAUCCUCUGCCCUUGCUUUUUGCGCUGGCCCCAGCCUGGGUUCUCUGAGAUAGCUUUGAAGAGGUGCAUCUCUCUUGGGGAUAGUGAUGCUGGGAGAUCCCAAAGAUGAAAGGAAACAACAUUGGGGGCUCUCUUGAGGAGAAAGGAUUAUGGGCAUAAGGAAGGGAAAGCAUUUCAAAUUAAGAAUCAAAACAACUUGAAAAUUAAAUGGCUCCAGAAGAUGGCAGUCUGCUCCAUAUUUUGAGCAAGUGAAGUAGGAAAGCCGGACUUUUACCCACUCACGUUCAUGCCUUAUAUUUUUCCUAGUUAACCUCUGCUGGUUAUUUUUCUUUUCCUCUUACUCUGUUCCUAAGCUCUUUGCUUUGCUUUUUUCCUGUCACUCCCUCAUCACUUUCAUUUUUCUUUUAGCAUUAUAGGGUUUUGCCUUCAUUAUCUCUGUUUCCAUUUGUCUCCCUCUCAUCCUUACUCAUCUGUGCUAUUCCUUCUCCCUACAGAAGAGGUGGAAAACCUACUUUUUCCUCCAAGGCCAUGGUUGACCCACCUUCCUCCCUAAGCUCUUUCUUGACAGUCUUCUAGAAGGGAGAAGAGUGAAAAGCAGCAGUUCCUGGUGCAGAUGAACAAGGAUUUCCCAGGUAACCAGUUCCCCGUCCCCUUUUCUAUCUGUUACUGAUUUCUCAAAGAAAGUUUUCUGCAACCCCCUUUUCUUUGUCAGUAAGGGAGAGAGUGCAUGGGCAUGUACCUGUCCAUGCAUUUGGAAUACAGUGUAGGUCUUUUUACCAUGACCCUCCUGUCUAAAGCCUUAAUCCUUUGAAGAAAGAUGGCUGAAAGAGAGGAACCCCGAGUUAUUCCUCAAAUGCCCCUUUAAAUAUCAUCCUUCUGGUGAAGAAAACAAUUUCACGCAUCUUACGGAUCAUCUUCAGGUCAGAGUUCCAGCAGAGUGAAGAGAGAAACUGUACUGGAAGCCACCAACCAAUGCACCUAUUAGUCAUCAGUGAAGAGCCCAAGGGAGGAUAAGGGAGAGGGAGAGUGGGUUGAGGCUCAGUGUGUAGUAAUCUCUUGCUUAAUGUGUAUGCAUUACUGUUAUGUUGUAUUAACAUUUGUAAUAGUACACAUUUACUUAUCCACUAAAAUCUGAUGUCUUGCAUGCAUUACAAUAUUACCCUGUUUUAGAGAUAGGAAAACUCUAGAACAGUAAUUUGUUCAAGAUUACAUAGGUCGUGAAUGCAGCGCUAGGAUUAUGAAGCCAGGAAAUCUCCAGAGCCUCUGUGCGUCAUUAUGAUGUUAUAUUUUUUCCUUUAAAAACAAAAUUAAAAAACUUGCCAUAUAUCAUCUCUUAUUAGGAAAAAAAAAAAUGCAGUUUCUAAUUGUGCUCUGCCUUCCCAUCCUCUCAGUCUCCUGAACUGGCUUGGAGAAGGCAAAGCACUGAGGGUCCCACAUUUCCUCUCCUUCCAGGAGCUUGCGGCUGUCUCCUAUGCUAGUGUCCCAGCUCUGCGGGAUCAGCAAGGGACUAACCCAGCUGCCUGCUAGAGAACUUGGAAUCCAUUUGAACCCAUACAAUGGGAUUCUCCCCUGAUCCUAGCCAACCCUCCAUACCUGUUGGUGUGCCACACCCUUUUACACUCCUACCACUAAUUUGAACAGGCCAGUUGCCUAAAUUUGCUGCUAGAAGGAUCCCUAAGACAUUGCUGGAUGCUCUGUGUGCUUGGGCCCUCUCUCAGAGUCCUGGUAUUAGUGGAUAAAUGCAAGCUGGUUGGGGGCAGGGAACCAAGGGUAAUCCAUUGUUUAUAAGAAGUUAACUGGCCCCAUUCUCAGCUUUAUAGACCCAGCACACGAGUCUUCUGGUUCUUCCCAUAGAGAGCUUCCCCAGGGCCUGGGGGUAAGCUGAUAAGACUCAGGAAACACUAGGAGUGUUAGGCAUCGUGGGGGGGACUUUCCUCUAAAGGCUGAUGACUGUGUGAACAGGAGCAGUUUACAGUGUUUGUCAGCCGUGGACUAGAAAGUGCCAGAAGAGAAACUGUUACCAAAGUCAGGGGCUCGGGUCCUUGAAGCAACACAGCAGGAACACUGUUGCCUUUUUCUCUCAUCCAGACGUCAGAUGUCCGACAGCCUUCCUUCUUCAUCGCUUUGAAUGUAGCUCAUCAUUUCUCUUCAUAAUAAGCCCUAAUUCCUCAACUUUCCAAUCUAACUCCCACAUUCCCUGCUUCUAACUCCUGUGUUUCUCUGGAGCUCCUCUGGAUCCUUGUGUUCCAUGGGUCAUAGAAUCAGAGACCUGUGAAAAAAGGCUUGUCUUUUAGAGAUCAUUGGGUCCUGGCUCCUAUACAGAUGGGGACAUGGAUCCAGAGAUGAAAAGUGACUCCAGCAGGGUCAAAUAAUUUUUUUAAUUUUUUAUUUUUUUUAGUACAGCUCAAGAUGGGCCUUAAACCCAGGCCUCUUGACUACAGCCCAUUCCCUGGCUAUGAAACAGGCUUCUGCACAAUCAGACCCACAGUUUUUCAUGGCAAGGGAUAUCAGAAAUGUUUCAUUUUCUGCUACUAGUUUCCAUUCUCUUCCCCAUCCAGGCAUAAAGAGAAACAAAAGGAACUGAUAGUUUUCUCUGUGUCCCCAUCUUUGGCACUUCUGCUGAUAUCACUAAAGUUGCUAAAAAGAUUGCAUAACCUACCCAUUGAAUAGCUAACCUGGACAGGAAAGGCAAGUUUGCCCUGUGAAUUCACCAUAAACUACUGUUCUCAUCAGGCCCAGAGUCUCCCCACCCUCUUCAUUGUGCAGUCCUAGUCACUGGGCCCCAAACCCACUAGUAUUGUGCCUCACUGCAGCUUCCUCAUGCACCAGCUCUCCCUUCUGGAUAAAAGACCUCAUGUUUGAAAUAAAAUUGAAAUAUGAAAAGAAUAUA